UUAUUAGGUCAGCCUCUAAGAGCAUCGGUGACAAUUUCCGAGAGGGCACCAAAGACAUCAGGAAUGUUAUUCUUGCAAAUCGUGGAACGUGAUUCAACGACAAAUUUCAAGUUUCGAUGCAAGAUAUCCGCUGGGAGAAAUAAAUCAACAGUGCUUUACAAUAUUGCUGCAGCGGAAUAUCAGCUCUUGUCGAAAGAUCAACCAACGAUAGAAGCGCGUAUUUGGUACCAACCAGAUCAAAAUGAGGAAAACGAUAAUGCGACUGUAAUUUUAACCUCUGAUAUACUGUUAAUAGACAAGGUCACUCUUGAGGAUAGAAAAGGAAACAAAUGGGAACAUUGUACUCAAAGUAUCGCUGUCAAUUUAGAAGAAAAUUCGAUAAUGCUUCAUCAAGGAAAGUGUACCGUUUUCUAAGAAAAUUUUCGUUUAUCAUGUAGAAAAUAAAUUACUGUAAAAAAAUGUUUAUUUUUAUCAUGU